AACACUCCGCAUUAAGAAAGUUUAGUUUGUGUUGUGAUGUUUUAUCGUUAAGUUGUGGAUUGAAAAGGUUGCUAUAGCAGGCAAAAAUAGUAAAAAAAUAUGUAGUAAAAAAAUUCAUUAAUACUGCAAAAGUUAAUUUGUUUGUAUUAAAAUUUUUGAUUGUGUUGUGAUAUAUUGGCAUCAAAAAAAAAAAAAAUCUCUGAAAUGCAGUAGCCCGUAACGUAGCCGAAUUACGAAAUACGAAUUUAAACAAAGAUUAAGUUUAACACAUUUUAAAAUUUAAGAAAUAUAAAUAUUAUUUAUUGUAUAUAAUUUAUUAUUUUAUGAACAAUAUUAAAUUAAAUAUGGCACAAAUAUUUGCAAGUGUAAAUACAUCCGGAAAUGACUCCGAGAUGAAAGCAAUGGAUGCCAAUCGAUAUGCAACUAAAAAAACCAUCGCUCAGGGGAUGCUUGAUAUUGCGCUCUUAACUGCAAAUGCCUCCCAAUUAAAAUAUAUCCUGCAAGUAGGCGAACAGCAUCAAUUUUAUAAGCUAAUGCUGAUACUCAUUAGUUUGUCUAUAGUACUUCAGCUUUUAGUUGGGAUUUUCUUUGUAAUCAUUGGCAGUCUUAACAUCAAUAAAAAAGAGGAACAAACUGCAGCUAUUAUUUUGAAUGAUAUUAUACUUGUUGUGGUGUUUCUUAUUUCUAUAAUAAACGUGAUCAUUUCUGGCUUUGGUAUCGAGUAUUCGUCACAACCGUUAAGGCUCAUUGCGAAAGAUAAGGAACCGUAAUGAGUUGAAACUAGACCUGAUACUAGCUGGAAUUUUACUUGUAAUUCAAUCUAUGAUUAACAUCCAUAAAAGUGAAGGGCAAAGACGAGCAGCAGAUAUACUUAACCAUAU